AUUUCGUGGGAACACCUAGCUCCCCGCAGGCCUCCUAGCCUGAGCUGGAAGUGCGCGGUCCUCCGGAGGUGUGGGGGAAACACUGCACAGAAAUCUCUGCCCGUCUCAGGGGAGACCUAACUGGGGGAAAAUGUUCGCAGUGCACUUGGUGGCAUUUUACUUCACCAAGCUGAAGGAGGAUCAGAUCAAGAAGGUGGACAGGUUCCUGUAUCACAUGCGGCUCUCUGAUGAGACCCUUUUGGACGUCAUGGCACGGUUCCAAGCUGAGAUGGAGAGGGGCCUGGCCAAGGACACCAACCCCACAGCCUCAGUGAAGAUGCUGCCAACCUUUGUCAGGGCCAUCCCUGAUGGCUCAGAGAAAGGAGAGUUCCUUUCCUUGGAUCUUGGAGGAUCUAAAUUUCGAGUCUUGAAGGUGCAAGUCUCGGAGGAGGGGAAGCCACAGGUCCAGAUGGAGAGUCAGUUCUACCCAACGCCCAAUGAAAUCAUCCGAGGGAAUGGCUCAGAGCUGUUUGAAUAUGUGGCUGACUGUCUGGCAGACUUCAUGAAGACCAAAGACUUGAAGCAUAAGAAACUGCCCCUUGGCCUGACCUUUUCUUUCCCCUGCAGACAGACGAAAUUGGAAGAGGGUGUAUUGAUUUCCUGGACAAAGAAAUUUAAGGCCCGUGGAGUUCAAGACACAGAUGUAGUGAGCCGCCUGACCAACGCCAUGAAAAAACACAAGGACAUGGAUGUGGACGUCCUAGCCUUGGUCAAUGACACCGUGGGGACCAUGAUGACAUGUGCCUAUGACGAUCCCUACUGUGAAGUUGGUGUCAUCAUUGGCACUGGCACCAAUGCCUGCUACAUGGAGGACAUGAGCAACAUCGACCUGGUGGAAGGUGACGAGGGGCGGAUGUGCAUCAACACGGAGUGGGGGGCCUUCGGGGACGACGGGGCCCUGGAAGACAUCCGCACCGAGUUUGACAGGGAGCUGGACCUCGGCUCGCUGAACCCAGGGAAGCAACUGUUCGAGAAGAUGAUCAGUGGCCUGUACCUGGGGGAGCUCGUCAGGAUCAUCUUGCUGAAGAUGGCCAAGGCUGGCCUCCUGUUCGGUGGUGAGAAAUCCUCCACUCUCCACAUUAAAGGAAAGAUUGAAACGCGGCAUGUGGCUGCCAUGGAGAGGUACAAAGAAGGCCUCGCCAACACAAGAGAAAUCCUGGUGGAUCUGGGCCUGGAGCCCUCCGAGGCCGACUGCAUUGCUGUGCAGCACGUCUGCACCAUCGUCUCCUUCCGCUCCGCCAAUCUCUGCGCAGCGGCCCUGGCAGCAAUCCUGACGCGCCUCCGGGAGAACAAGAAGCUGGCGAGGCUCCGGACCACGGUGGGCGUGGACGGAACUGUCUACAAGAUACACCCUCAGUACCCAAAGCGCCUGCACAAGGUGGUGAGGAAACUGGUCCCAAACUGUGAUGUCCGCUUCCUCCUGUCAGAGAGUGGCAGCACCAAGGGGGCCGCCAUGGUGACCGCAGUGGCCUCCCGCGUGCAGGCCCAGCGGAAGCAGAUUGACGAAGUGCUGGCUCUGUUCCAGCUGACCCGAGAGCAGCUUGUGGACGUGCAGGGCAAGAUGCGGGUUGAGCUGGAGUAUGGGCUGAAGAGGAAGACCCACCCACUGGCCACCGUCAAGAUGCUGCCCACUUACGUCUGUGGGAUGCCGGACGGCACAGAGAAAGGGAAGUUCCUUGCCCUGGACCUGGGGGGAACCAACUUUCGGGUCCUCCUGGUGAAGAUCAGAAGUGGACGGAGGUCAGUGCGGAUGUACAACAAGAUCUUUGCCAUCCCCCUGGAGAUCAUGCAGGGCACUGGGGAGGAGCUGUUUGACCACAUCGUACAGUGCAUCGCCGACUUCCUGGACUACAUGGGUCUCAAGGGAGUCCAGCUGCCUCUGGGCUUCACGUUUUCAUUUCCCUGCAGGCAAACGAGCAUCGACAAGGGAACACUCAUAGAGUGGACCAAAGGUUUCAAGGCUACUGACUGUGAAGGGGAGGACGUGGUGGACAUGCUCAGGGAAGCCAUCAAGAGGAGAAAUGAGUUUGAGCUGGACAUAGUUGCAAUCGUGAAUGACACAGUGGGGACCUUGAUGACCUGUGGCCAUGAAGAUCCUAAUUGUGAGAUCGGUCUGAUUGCAGGAACAGGCAGCAACAUGUGCUACAUGGAGGAGAUGAGGAACAUCGAGCUGGUGGAGGGGGAUGAAGGGAAGAUGUGUAUCAACACGGAGUGGGGGGGCUUUGGAGACAACGGCUGCUUGGAUGACUUUCGCACACAGUAUGACGCAGAGGUGGACGAGGGGUCUUUGAAUCCCGGCAAACAGAGAUACGAGAAAAUGACCAGCGGGAUGUACCUGGGGGAGAUUGUGCGGCAGAUCCUGAUUGACCUGACCAAGCAGGGCCUUCUCUUCCGAGGGCAGAUUUCAGAGCGUCUCAGGACCAGGGGCAUCUUUGAAACCAAGUUCCUGUCCCAGAUCGAAAGUGACCGGCUGGCCCUCCUCCAGGUGAGGAGGAUCCUGCAGCAGCUGGGCCUGGACAGCACGUGUGAGGACAGCAUCGUGGUGAAGGAGGUGUGUGGAGCAGUGUCCCGGCGGGCGGCCCAGCUCUGUGGGGCUGGCCUGGCUGCCAUAGUGGAGAAAAGGAGGGAAGACCAGGGGCUUGAGCACCUGAAGAUCACCGUGGGUGUGGAUGGCACCCUGUACAAGCUGCAUCCUCACUUUUCUCGGAUAUUACAGGAAACUGUGAAAGAACUAGCCCCUCGAUGUGAUGUAGCAUUCCUGCUGUCGGAAGAUGGCAGUGGAAAGGGAGCAGCUCUGAUCACUGCCGUGGCCAAGAGGUUACAGCAUGCAUGGAAGGAGAACUAGGAGCUCCCAGCCUUGGGCCUGAGGCACCCCAGACACUGACCAGUCAGUCUUUCCUCUGGCAAAUGAGUUGGUCAGAGACCAAAGGGGAACCUCCUGGCCGACUUCGCCUUCCAGAUGGCUGAAAGAGCACCCCAGGCUCUCCGUACUCUUAGCAUCUUGUGGCUGGCUUUGCGGCAUUACAUGAUGUCUGUAUUUGGUGUAUUUGGCCAAAGAUGGGCCAGCUUGUGAAAUUGAACUGUCCGUCUUGAGAAAUCUCCUUCCAGCAGAUUUUUUACUGGAGGCCUGAGCUGUCGGUUCUCUGUGGCUUUAGGUCCUAUGGCUGCUAGGCUUGGAAACCUACAGAGGCUACUCAUGCGGGCCUGGCUGGGAUGUCCCACUGGGAUGUCUAAGCCAUCUCUUGUGGUAGAUCAGGCCCUCUAGUUCCCAGAUAAACUUCUGAGAGGAAGAGGGACUGAUGUAAUGACUUGGGGUGGGGGAAAUCUAAUCUAACUUGUCCUUAACUUAUCACAUUGACUUCAAACCUAAGGGAGAACAAAGACUUUGGCCUAUCCAGCCCAGGCUGCAGAGGGUUGGUUGCCAGGGAGCUCUGUAGCAAUCGUUUCAUGCUUAGAAUGAGUUAUGCUUGUACCCUAAAGGCACUUAUUCCUUAAGGAACGUGUGCCAUGGGGUAAGGUGCUAUUUGGGGCAUCUUUUUUUCAUUUUAUAAGUGGUUGUGUUGCUGUUGAUAGUUGUUUUAAGGACUGUUAGGUGUAUGAAAUUCAGUAAAUUAAUAAAAAAUAUUUGAUUUUCCAAGAAAGUUUGCA